AUGCCCCGCGUUGAGAGGAGGAGCGUCUGGACUGGUUACCUGGUAACCACUCAAACACUGUGCUGAUAGGAUGGAAAUGCGGAAGGGCUUGACAUCUAAAGCUAGCAACAAGUUGGUAAUCACCUCAGUUGCCUUGCAAGACCACAUUACACGCAGCCUGCUGCAUCCAAACUUCUCACUUUCUGACCCUUUGAUGAGAUACAAAAUACAAGCACCCAGAAAACGAGUGGAGAAGAGGGGUCUGCAGACACAAGAUCAACAAGAAGAGGGAGAAUAUGUGCUUGAUUCUGCUCCAGCUCCUUUGACAUUAGCUCAGAAGUUGGGUUUGGUGGCCUCCCCUGCAGGGAGACUGACAGAGGACGAAUGGACCCGGGUCAAGGCGAGGUCUGUUCAGCAGGGGGACUCAGCUCAGCCCUGUGCAAUAUGCAGGGAGGAGUUUUGCCUUCAGCCUCAGGUGUUGCUGUCUUGUUCUCAUGUUUUCCAUAGAGCAUGUUUGAAGGCCUUUGAGAGAUAUUCUGGUAGAAAGUGGUGCCCAAUGUGCAGAAAGAAUCAGUAUGAGACACGGGUGAUCCACGAUGCAGCCCGACUCUUCAGACACCAAUGUGCCAUCAGAAUUCAAGCAUGCUGGCGAGGCUACAUUGCUCGUAGAAGAUACAGAAAAUUGAGAAAAUCCAUCUGCCCAAAGGACAAACAGCUGCGACGGAAAUUCUUUGAAGCAAAGUUGCAGGAAUUGAAUGACAGCUUUGUCCGAUACUGUCACACCGACACGGAGGCUUUUCUGAGUGAUAUCAACCGCUCCCUGUCAUCAAGCAGACAAGUGUUUCAGCAGCUGGAGAGAAAGCACGUCCCUGAACCUCAGGAGAGCGACUGGGAUCGAAUACAGAGCCAGGUUAUCCAGCGAGAUGUCUGGGACUGCCCCAUCUGCCUGACUGCAUUGUGUAGCCCAAGCCUACCAACAGAAGCAGGUACAUCCAACCAUCGACAACACAGACGCACCGUGCUUCUGUCAUGUUCCCACCUCUUCCAUCAGCUCUGUCUAGAGGCUUUUGAGGCCUUUUCUAUAGACAGCAGACCUUCCUGUCCCCUGUGCAGAUCCGUUUACCACAAAAAAAACAUUUAACCAGGUACAAUUCCACAGAUCAGAGAUCAGAAAUUAACCAACAGGCCCUCUGAAGCUCACUAAUGAUAUAAUACAUUGUAUUUAAUUUGUGUAAUCCGUAAGUAAAAAGAGAUGUAAACAUGACCAUUUUUGUUUUCAUCUGGGGAAACCAGUAACUUCUGCAGUCUUGCUGAGACUCCAGAAAGUCACCGUGUCCUGCCUUUAGUCGCCGGGAAAUAGAGCAUGUAACUCAUCUGUCAGUAUUGGUGUCCUGGGUGUCACAAUGAUGAAUGGAAAGAUGUUCAUAAAGCAUUUUUUCUACUUUUAUUUGCAAACACACAAACAUCAAAAAUAACUAAACAAACUGAGAAAUUGUAAAAAAAUACAUUCACAAAACAUGUACAAAAAAUGACAUGCAGUGACCAACUGACAUACUGUAUAGACAGUACAGGAAAAAAGCUGCUUCAUUUAUACAGGCCAACCCUCAACUUUUGAAACCCCACACAACACGGAGAUGUACUGUAAAGGCAACAAGAAAAGCUUGCUUGAAUAGAAAAUGGCCCUCUCAGUUCUUACCUCAAAAGCCACUGCAAUAGUAUUUGUGAUGUUUUAUUAGGGGAGUGACAGUUCCCUGCUAAGUAAAGCAGAGCCUGUGUUACCACAGUCUGCAGCUAAGUGAAUGUUUGCUAAACCAUAAUGGAACUGGAAAACAGCUUUGGUGUAAAACAUUCCUUGUCCUAAGAAAACGCAUGUUUCAAUGCA